AUGGCCUCUCUCGCCCAUCCUCAGCGACAUCACGUGGCUCCUGGCAUUCCUAAGCACAUACAUGUUACCCGGUAUGCACCAUCCCACAAUCUAGUAACAGUCUUGCUGACCCUGAUUCUUCCAAUAGCAUUUAUCCACAUUGUGCUACACAACUUGCGCCGUCCCCUGUCCAUCAUCAUCCCGCCCACGACGCCCGUACUCACGAGCCCGAGCAGCGCGCAGGCCGUGGAGGGCAUCGACUCGCGACACGACGAGCUACUGCAGCGCAAGGAGCGCACGUUGCAACGGCGCCGCCUAGGGCGACGCAUCGUCUGGGACAUUGGCGUGUGGGUGCUGCUCGUGCCUGUGGGCGGUGUGCACGCUGGCUGGACCGGUGCUGUACGCGCGGUGUAUGUGGAAAACGUGCCGUUAGACGCGGGCCAGCCAGCAACUCUCAAGAACGCCAACAUGAACACCAAAACUAGCGGAAUUUGUGGUUCUUCCCAAGUACCCACCUGCACGAAGAAGCCUCCGCCGAAUAGGGUCAUCGCGGACGCCCGCCAGUUGGUCAUCCUGAAGAGUUUAUGGCAGUGUGGCCCCAACCCAACAAAGGAGCACGUCUUGCGCGCCGUGCGAGAUACGGGGCUGAAGGAAAAGUGGAUUAGGGACUGGAUGCAGCGGCAGCGCAGGAACAAGAGAUGGUCCCUGGCCGCCGGUUCCGCGUCUGGGAAGUCGUCUUCCACUAGAGCGUCGAGUUCGUCUGGCUCGGGCUCUGGGACUGGCUCGACGAUAUCAGCAUCUCUUCGACGCAUCAAGCAAUACGAAGAUCUUGGAUACGGUAUUGCGCACAAAGUCAACAGCAUGGAAGCAUCGGGCGGACGUGAAGAACAUACUUCUCUCGAGGCUAGAGUAUCUUUGACUCUCAAGUCUGAGGCUGCAAAUGAUUCUGAGGCGCCGCACUACACCCUGCCGGAUGGUUUCCUUGGGAUGCGCUCUUUGUCCCAGUCUCCGUCUCUGGGCUAUAUCCCGCUAGCAUUCCCUAUGAUGAUCCCUGGGGCCUCCGAGCAUGGCCUUGGCUCUGGCAAUAGCUCAUAUGUCUAUGGUGGAACGCAGCACUCAAACAUGUACUCUCAGCCUGCUAUGCCUAGUGCUCCUGUCUUGCCGCCUGUGCCCAGUCAGAUAACCCAAGCGCAAACGCAGGACAAUGGCUCCAACAUGUUUUACCUGGCUCAGUUACUUCUGGAUGCAACUGACGCUCUGCCGCACGACGCCCUGCUUUACCCUGAACCCUCCAGCUAUCUGUCUGCUCUGUCCCAGUCCCCAACGGGUGUCCUGUCUUUCGCACCCUCUCUGCAGUCACACUCUACAUCUGUUCUGGGGCACAUCAUGACUGGCUCUGAUGCAUAUUCCCGCUUUCCGCCCGCGCCGGUAGCAUAUACCGCGCCGUAUUCUGACGUUGCUGCGUUGACGAAGAGGAUUCGCGUGACGUUAGAAGACAAUGCUAAAAGGGUGUCUGACGCUGAAAGCCCGGCCGGUAUGGACACGCCCGAGCAAUCCAGCCUGACAUGGGAGACAGAUGCGCCCUUCGAGGCCCGACUCGCUAGGGACGCCAUCAUGCAGCGUGAAGAGUCAACCAAGAAAGAUUCUGGAGGGCCUCCUCGUGUAGCUGUUUCUCCUGCCGCCGAGGAAGAAGAGGAAGCGGACGAGGAGGUGGAAGCGCUCACUCCGACCGACGAAAUUCCCGCAUUCAUCCACCAUCCGCUUUUGUACCCUGCUCAAGACAAGGGUAAAGGCGUGGGCCGCAAGCUCGACUUCAACACGAUACGUGGAAACGACCCCGCUAUUGCGUCUGAGACGGAAGAGGAGGUUUAG